CUGGCUCUCCCUCUCACUCUCUCUCUCUCUCUCUGUCUCUCUCUCUCUCUGCUAAUUCAUAAUCGUUAAAACCAAGCAGUGGCGUUGUGUGAUUCAGUACCUUUUACCUGAGAUGAAAGGAAUCGAUAUCUUUUGUGCCUCCCAAGCCUCAACGGCCAUAUGUGUGAACAUGGAGAAAAGCUCUGUGGUUCUACCAGGUGGCCGGGCCAUUGAUCGCCACAAUUACCAUAUUACAGACGCAAGAAGAAGCACCAGAGGUCUUCUUAAUCCAUCAUCCUCAUCUUCGUGUUCAUCUCUUUCUCAAUCUCAGCCACCAACAAAUUCCAAAGCUUACCCUGAAAAUAAAAACCAGAAGAAGACUGAUAAGAAGCGGUCUGCGGCUAAAGCUAUCAAACUCAUCAGCCCACCUGGUUCCUCCAGAUAUCUCUUGGGCGACACCUCUUUCUUCGAUGUCUAUUCGGAUUUUGCUCCAAUCCCCGCUUGGGUUCCUACUAAACCUUCAAGGCCUCUUUCUCUCAACCCUGAUGAUUCCCCUGCUUUGAAACCUUCUUCGUCUAAUUCCUCGACUACCUCUUCCUCUUCAGCAUUAAAGCCUCCUUCUUCCUCAGCGCUCUCACUGCCAUCUCCUGCCUCGAAACCUUCUUCUUCAAGUCAGUUCCGUCAACAGGUUGUGGUUUUGAGGGUGUCGUUACACUGCAAGGGCUGUGCAGGGAAAGUGAGGAAACAUAUCUCUAGAAUGGAAGGGGUGACAUCUUUUACCAUAGACUUUGCAACGAAGAAGGUGACAGUGAUCGGAGACGUAACACCAUUGGAUGUCCUCGCGAGUGUCUCAAGGGUUAAGAACGCACAAUUCUGGCCAUCUACAUCUCCUCCGCCGCCGUUACCGUCGGUUGGCUCGAGUUCCUGACAUAAUUGAGGAAGAACAUAAUGUAGUUUAAAAAUCUCAUCUGGGUUUUCUGUGUAGUUUGCACCUGUAACAAAUGUAAUUCUCUGCUUGUCAUGUCUUGGAAGAAUCAAUGGCAUCUUAUCUUUUGGGUAUCGUUAA